AUGGCUCGUAAAAACAUUUUAUAUUUGUUCGACGUGGACGGUACGCUGACGAAGCCCCGCCAGAUUAUAUCGGAGGAACUUAAAAGUUUUCUAUUGGAAAAAGUUAAGAGUAAAGUUUCGAUAGGGCUCGUAAGUGGAUCGGAUUACGUGAAAAUUGUGGAGCAAAUGAGCGGUGAGGAGGUGACGAAUCAGUUUGACUACGUGUUCUGUGAAAAUGGAGUGGUGCAAUAUAGGCAGGGGGAAUUGAAAAGCACACAAAGUAUAUUAAAAUAUAUCGGUGAAGAAACUUUGCAAAAAGUUAUCAACUUCGCGUUGGGUUACAUGUCGAAAUUACAACUCCCGGCAAAGAGGGGAAAUUUCGUAGAAUUUCGAUCGAGUAUGAUAAAUGUUUGCCCCGUCGGCCGCUCCUGUAGUCAAGCGGAAAGGGAUGAAUUCUCUAAAUAUGACAUCGAACACAAAAUUAGAGCAAAAUUUGUAGAGGCUCUUCAAAAAGAAUUUGUAAAUUCAAAAUUAACUUUUGCUUUAGGUGGACAAAUCAGUGUAGAUAUAUUUCCCACUGGCUGGGACAAAACUUAUUGUCUUCAACAUGUUGAAAAUGAAAAUUUCAGUGAGAUUCACUUUUUUGGAGAUAAAACAAUACCUGGUGGUAAUGACUAUGAAAUAUAUAAUGAUCCUCGGACAAUAGGUCACAAAGUUACAUCCCCCGAGGAUACCAAAGAGCAAUUAAAACAGUGUCUUACUAUUGAA